AUGCAACCACGAUUUCGACCAUAUGGAUGGCUUGGAAUUAUUAAAGGAGCGAAAGUUCAUGUUGAUUUUGCAACAUUGCCUUUCGAAGAAGCAAUUGUAUUAUUAAUUCGUGAAAUAGAAACGAUAAGACGAGAUAUUAUAACGAAAAAUGAUCAUAAUACUACGGCAAAUAAAACUAAUCAACCUCUUUAUCAUCAACAUGGUAUUGCUUUUACUUCUGUUGAUAACAAAACUCUUGAUCAUGCUAAAUUAUCAGAACUGAAUAAUACAUCUCCAAGUAGCAAAGAAAAUAACACUGUUAUGGAUUGGGAUGUACGUGCAGUAAAACAAUGGUUAGAACAUAUUGAAUUAUUGCACUUAGAAAAUGCUUUGAUUAAUGUUGAUGGAAAAUUACUUUGUAGAUUACAUAAAAUGAAACAGUUAGCUGCAAAUUCAUAUUAUAAAUUUCUUGAUAAGCAUUUCGAUCGUAUUCAAGCAGCACGAAUGAGUGAUAUACUCAAAUUUGAUUAUGAACUUGAAUGUCUCUUUCAAUAG